GUAGAUAUAUAUGACAACCGCCUGUCAGCCUAUAUCCAAAGGAUGGCAAAAUCACGCAAUGCUCUCUAUGCCGCUGGAGUAACUUGUUUAGGAUUUCUUUGCUUUGCACUAGCUUCAGCUGCUAUAGGAAUACCUAUUUGGGGUUACUAUGAUAGUCCAACUGGGGGCUAUGAUUUCGAUCGAGGAUAUUUCGGUCUCUUCAAAGUUUGCAAACAGCUAACAUAUAACCGGGAAAAAUGUGGUAAUGAUGUUUCGAAAUUCAGAUUAUCCACUGUCGUUAACAUAAGUGGUCUAUUAACCAUCGUAAGCUCGGCAGCUCUAGGUAUUUUCUGUAUUCUUUCGAUAAUACAAAUAGCGAUGAUAUCCUCUCGUGAAAAAGUUGUAAUGCCUUAUAACACAUUGGUUAUAUUUAAGAUGAUAUUGGCGUUGAUAGCAUGUCUGUUGGCUACUAUCGCAACAGUAAUGUUUGCUCUGCAAAUUGAUGAUUCAGAAAAAUAUGGCUUUAAAAUUUCUCGAGGCAUAUCGUUUUAUUUACAGGUUGUAGUAAUCGCUUUAACUAUUGGACUUUUUCUUGCCGCUCUUUACGAUGUACUUUUCUCACGUCGGAUGGGCGGAGAUCCCACAAUGGUUGUUGACACUUCUUCACCGGCCAACGCCACAACGUACAACAAUCCUGGUUACAAAGAGUCACGUUCAAGGAACGGUGUUUCGGUAACUGAUGCAUCUGGCAGACCUUAUAGCGGUAUACGCAAUGGAGGAAGUGUCGCAUCUAUGUCCACAACAAUGACUAGCGUAUCAAACGGUUCAACAGUGGAAUCAUUAACACGUUCUCCGCUUCGCUCCAGUUUAAAGAAACCUCGCCCGCCUCGUGACCCUGCGUUAGGUAUUCCAAACCCUGGCUUUUCAGGAUCGGGAAGCUCACCUCCAAUGCACCGUAGUAGUAGUGUGAAAAAAGUUCGCAUUCAAACACAUAGCACAGAAGUGUGAGGUUUGAUUAGGAAUGAAUAUUGUAGGAUGAAAAAUGGUAAAAUGUCAGUAAACUGAAGGGAAUGGUAUUUUGACACUUUAUUGCGAUGUGCAAUGUGUCCAAAAAAAAAAUAUGUUGUAUGUCAGAAACAUACACAUUGCCAUACACCAUACCAUACAUAUAUGCACAUGUGUUAAUAAGGCUUAUCCAUUGCAGCCGAACUCAUAAGCAAUAGUAUAGAAAUAAUAUAGAGCUGUUAUUUCAACAUAAUAAUGAGGGUCCUCAUGCAAAUCGAUAAAUUUACAAAUCAUACGCAUUUAACUCAAUUACACUAAUAAUAAUUUUUCUGCGAAUUUAUCAUUCCAAUGUAAAACUUAAUUUAAAAUGUCUAGAAUGAACGAGAGAAUCAAUACGAAUGCAGGUCAUACUCAAAAUAACAUUUUAAUUCCUUUUGUUUUGGUAUUUGCUUUUAGCAUUUUGACCAUGAAAACAUGUAGAAAGUAUAACGUUUUUGUUUCUUAUUUUCGUAGUUGUUUAUCUCCUGACUUAAAGCCGCAUUGUACAAAAGUAAAUGUUGAAAUACUGAAGGCAUAGGUAAAUUAGUAGUAUUAACAGAAUCAAAACGGUGAAGAUUUUUCUCUUAUUAUUAUAUAAUUGAUUUGUAUUCGUUUUAAGAACUGGAUAUUUAAAUGAAUUUUCUUAAAAGUAGUUCAGAAACGCAAUUCACGAAAAGAUGCUUAAUGUUUUGUGCAAAGUGGACACAUCCGUCUAAUAGUUAGUCUUCCACAUGGACUUAAAUUUUACACUUAAUUAUUUUCUGUCCAAUUAUAUAUUAUAUAAUGUUCUAAUGUGUUGUUGUCUAUAAUGUUCGCAAAAUCGGAAUUAUGGGAAAUAGUAGCUGGAUAAAUAAUACUUCACUUCUGAAUAAUGUAAACAUAUCAAUCGUUAGACGUUGAACACUAGUGAAGCAUGUACGUAUUCAAUAUCCACACCAAACUUCAUUUAUACAUUCGUUCAUUGCGUGAAAAAAAUUAAAGUGAAACCAAAGACAAUGAAGUGACAAUAUUAAAACUACAGUUUAGCCGCUGGCGACCGAAGGAAUAUUUUAGGCUUGAAUAGACUUUGAGGACGUAACUUGUGUCUCCUACUUAACUAUAGUCGAUUCAAAAAAGCCCCCGGAAAUUAAAUUUUAGAUUAAGAAUAUUGAAAUUUAUUACUUUAUACGGAGCAGGAAAGAAUAUUAAAAAAUUUGUUAUUCCCAAACAUCUUUUUGCCCAAACGGGAACUUUUAAGCUAGAUGAAGUGAAAUACCGAUUGCGGUGAAUAUUUUGAAGGAAUUUACUUAAAACAAUUAUUAAAUUAGGUUUUUUUAAGGGAGUAUUCUGGUCUAGAAGCAUGAAUUUCAGGUAAUUUUUAAAGUGUCGUAAAAAAAGGCAAUUAAUAUUUUUACUAUCCAUUUUUUUAUUAGUUAUUUGUUAAUUUUAGAAGAGUACAGAAAAAAAUUAAAAACUAAAAAAGUAAAAAAUUUCAAAAAUUAUGAGGUGACGAAGUGGGAGGUCUCUAAAAAUUUCCACGUGACCAUACUCAUGAUUUCAACUCUCCUAGUUAUCUGAAACCAAAAAAAAAAAUAUUAAUCUAGAAUAAUGUCGCAAUGGCCGGAACUACGGAAAAGUGGGAAAUUUUUUUUUCACAAAAUGGCGACUGCCUGAAAAAAAAAGUUUUUUUUGGAUCACUUUUUCUGACUAUUUCGAUUUUUUUUUUUUAAAUAAUAAAAAUAAAAAUUUGGUGAUGGGGCUAGUUUCAACCAUAGACAAGCCUAUAAAGAAGACUCUAUAAAAAUUUCAAGUAAAUCGGUCCAGUAGAACCUGAGAAAUCGUGAGUAUCGUUCCGAAAAAGUCAGUUUUGAGAAAAACGCGUUUAAAGUUUUGUAAAAGCCGGGUCAGAAAAAUGCCUAAUCUCCGAAAAUAAUUUGAAUUUUGAAAAAUCCUCUUAUACACACAUUCUUGAAUAGUCAAACUUUGAAAAUAUAAAUUUCUAGACCAGAAUACCCCCUUAACAAAAUAAAUUCAAUGCCUCGAAAUAUUUGAACAACUAUUCCUAGUUUUUGUACACUUCAUCAUAAAACUGCACGGCACAUUUUACGCUAUUAUUUUUUAUAUUAUUAUUUUGGCUUAUCUCAUAAUUUAAAAUAUAAAUUUUAGAUUAAUGUGUAGUUAUUCUUGUCGAUUAACUUGGAAUAUAAUUGUUUUUAGUUAGCUUACAUUUUAUUUCGUAAAAAGUGGAAUGAUAAUUAUUAAAUUUUAUUGUAUUUUCCAUGCAAUUAUAUAGGGCUUAUGUUGACUAUUGAUCUUUUUGAGGAAUGAAAUUUAUUAACAAAAUAUUAUACGUAGCUCAUUUAAUUGAAUUCAGUAUAACCCAUUUCCUUUUCAAACCAAAAUGCAUAUUAUCAGAUAAAACAGCUAACAAUAAUUGUUAAUUACAAAAAAAUGCGAACUUACCCAUUUGCACAAUCUAUAAAGUAAAUUAAAUGAGGCUGUGUUUUAUUACAUUCACCGGCCCUACUAAGAUAUUCGUAAACUAAUAGAAUCUAAUUUUUAUAUUUUUAACACAUUUUAUUGUGCUGUUAAAGUGAUAGAACAUUAAGAAUAUAUAUAUUUAUACUAAGGAACACUAAGCAAAGGCCUUACUGCAUAAUUUCCUUACAAAAGCAGAAUAUAUUGAAAAAUAUUCCGUCCAUUUGUACUUUUUAAACAAUAAGUUAAGAGACGUAUAAGUAGAAUAACUGCACGUGUUUCCAUCUCCUUUUGGUAUGGUAAUUAGUAUAACUAAAAUAUUCUCAAAUCGUGUGUAUAUAGGUACGAAAACAAAUAUAAUAAUAAAAUCUUUAAUUACACGAAA